AUGGUCAAGAAGCUCAUGCCCUACAUCGACAAUCCAGACAAGCCAUACAAAUGGCGCGUCUUCUGGAGCUACCUCCCCGACUGGAUCAUCUGCAUCUUCCUCUGGGGCAUCUUCUACCUCAUCGACAAGAUUGACGGGUACCGCCGGCUGUUCGACAUUACGGAUACCUCGCUUGCGCACCCGUACGCCGAGCAUGAGCGCGUGCCUGUCUGGAUGCUCGCUGUGUUGUUCGGCGUCGUGCCGGCCAUCAUCAUGGUCAUCAUCUCUGCUAUCCAGCGCUCGUUCUGGGACGCGCACAACACGAUCCUCGGCUUCAUCCUGAGUCUCGGUCUUUGCGUGUCCUUCACUGACUUUGUCAAGAUCACUGUCGGCCGCCCGCGCCCCGACCUUUUCUCGCGCUGCGCGCCGCCAGCCGACUACACCGCGAACCCGGUGCACGGCCUCACGUCGUGGAAGGUCUGCACGGAGACGGAGCACCUGCAGGAGGGAUUCCGCAGCUUCCCCUCUGGCCACUCCAGCUUUGCGUGGACCGGCAUGUGGUACCUGACCCUCUUCCUCAGCGCCAAGAUGCGCGCCCUCAACCGCAAGGGAUACACGAUCAAGAGCUGGAUCCUCCUCGCCCCGAUCACGGGUGCGACCCUCGUCAGCGUAAGCCGCACCAUGGACUACAGGCACCACGCGACCGAUGUCAUUGCCGGCGGCAUCGUAGGUGUCCUCGCCGCCUGGUGGGGAUACAGGCAGUACUUCCCGGUGAGUUCCACUCGUGGCCUAGCUGAGCGUGCCUUCUUGGAAGCUAACGCCCAGCCCAUCGCCGCGCCCAAGUCGUGGAAGACGUACGACCCGCGCAUCAAGAAUCCCGAGAGUGCCAUCCCGCUGCACACCGUGCACGAGCGCGACGUCAGCGACCCAGGCAUGGGCCUCGUGAACACGCAGACGUCCUACCCCUCGCCCCCCGGUGUGGUCUACCCCCCCCAGCGCAUGAACACGCCCUACUCGCCGAUCAGCGCCGAGUCGACACACGCCAACGUCCGGACCGAAUACUCGCAGCGUCUCGAGUAG